AUGUCAAUUAAACGACCUUUAUCACCUGAAUCAAAUAUUAAUUUUAUUAAUAAUACUCUAGGUCAAUUAAAACGUUUAAAACUUCGUUCACUAAUUGAAGAAUUACGAAAUGAAGAAGCUCACUUAGUUCUAUUAAAAAAAUUACGUACAAAUCAACAAUUAUUAACACAAACAAAUAAUAAUAAUAAUAAUAAUAAUAAUAAUAAUAAUACAAAAGCAUUAACAAAUGGUUAUCAUCCUAUAGAAAAACCUCUAAUAACAACAUCAUCAAUAAAACCAAUAACUAAUAAAUCUCUUCAACAACAAUCAUUACCAAAUACAACACGUAAAACAUCGAAUUCUCCAUUAUUAAUAAAUUCAAAUAAAAUAUCAAAAAAUCCGUCGUUUGAAGAAUAUAAAACUCAAGCUAAAUUAGCAUUACGUAAACAAUUAGAACGUGAUUUAUUAAAUAUCUCAUUACCAAAACCAUCAUUACAAGAUAUAACAUUUAUUCCAAAUAGUACAAGUUUAGAAUUUCAAUUAGAUCUUGGUCUUGAAGAUGUUAUACAAUGUUUAAAUGAAUUACAAAAUAUUCGUCAUCGUUUACCACAACGUUUUACUGAUCAUGCAUUUAUUGAUGAACCAUAUAUAUGUGAUCAAUGUGGUACAGAUUUUACAAUACGUUGGUGGAAACAUAUAAAUACAAAAAUAUCAAAUCAAAUUGUAACUAUUUUAUGUGAUCGGUGUAAAAAACAGAUUAUUCGACGUACAUCAAAAUCUGAGCAUUCAACAUUACUAAAAAAUGUUUUUAUAUCAGCUAUGGAAAAAGAAAAAGAAAUUGAUAAACAUUUUAAUACACUUAUAAAACAACAACAAAAAAAUACAUCAUCUCGAUUAUCAUCAUCAUCAUCAUCAUCAUCAUCAAAACCUUUAACAACAAAUAUUCCAUCAACAAAUCAUCAAAAUCAAAUAAUAAAAACAAAAAAUUCUUUAUCACAAAAUUUAACUUCAAAACAUUCACAACAAUUAACAUCAACAAUAAAUACAAAUCGAAGAUCAAAUGUUAUUAUUCAAUCACGAACUAAUCAUCCAACUAUUAAACAUGAAAAUCAUUCUCGAAUAAUACAACAUAAUAAAACAUCAAUACCAAUUCAUCAUUAUCAUCAUCAACAACAACAACAACAACAAUCUCGUUCAAUAACAACUUUACCACAACAAACAAAAAUUAAUUCAACAGUUAAAAUAUCAAAACAAAAUAUGAAACGACAACCAAUUAUACCACCAUCACGUUCUAUACUUCCGUCUAAUCCUGAUCUUAUAAAUUCACUUCUAUCAUCGAAUCUUGUAAGACCAACAGCUACAAAGCGAUCAACAUUUUCUACAGUUGAAAAGAAAUAA